UGUACGCGAUAUCCGGGAAACGAUGGCACGAUUCCUGGAAAUACUUUGAAGAAACCCAGCCAAACGAUCAGGAAUAUGUGGCUGCCUAAUGAGACCCUCAACUGGACAACCAACGCAGCGGCAGCGUACCAAUGGCAUUUCAUCCCGGUUCUCCGUAUUGUUAUGGUGACGUUAACGCUAUCCAUCAACGCCAUCGUCUUAGCGGCGUUCUUCCUCAACGACCGUCUCAUCCACAACCCGUUCAUGAUCUACCUCAUCAAUCUACUAUUGAACAACAUGGUGUACGGAUUAUUAGCCAACAUCAUGAACAUCUUGGUCAGCCUUCACGGCGACAGCUACCAUUGGAUGGACAAGUCUGUAUGCGGAUUAUACUUAUACGCUAAUUACACCGGUGUCGGCAUUGUCAUGAACUGUCACGCGUUGGUCACACUGAACCGCAUCUGGGCGAUCGUCUUCCCUGUAUCGUACCGCAACCGACACACACCACGGAUCGCGGUAUUACUCUGUGUUAGUGUGUUUGCUUAUGUGCACAUCUUCAUCCUGUCGGGGAUUGUCAAGCACUCCGUAGAGGAUCAUCUGAUAUGCGACUGGCAGCUGCGUAUGCUGAUGUCAUGGCGGCAUGCCAUCCAGCUGCUGGUGUAUGAUGCGCCGCUGCUGUUCCAGCUGGGCGCCUAUCCGUUUCUCUUCUAUAAACGCCGGCAGUUUAUGCAGAAGACGCAGAAAGAAGAGAUGCAGCGGCGUGCGUCGAAGAGAGAGAAAGAAACAAAUUUCUUGGAGGUGCCUAGACAGAUGCCUCUGCGCUCGCAGUCAGUCACGUGCGAGACGGAGGAGCGGCGGGAGAUGUUCAAGCGCAGUAAGUCGCUGUCGGUGACAUAUCGCAAAGAUGCGCUGAUUAUUCGGCGCAUGCAGAGCAACCCGGAUGGAAGUUAUGGGUUUUUGGUGUUGACCUUGUUAACGAUUAGUGUGCUGAUUUGUUGGGCGGCACCGCAUGCUUUUUGGACGAUUCUCCAAUUUAAGGAGCUGCCGGAGAAUAUUGCUUAUCUAUUCGGAGCGAUGAUUCCGUCGAUUUUGUACCCUGUACAGGCGGUUGCUGAUCCGAUCCUUUUUGCGCUUGCUCUACCCGAUUUGCGUAGGGUCCUUUGUCGGUAUUGUAAGAAAAGGGCAUAGCGGAAGAUUAGUCUAACAGUAGUCUUUAUAACUUUUCAUGCGGAUGUAAAAUUUUCACCAUCCCAAGAUUUGGUGAUCAGCGUAAUUUUGGAAGUUGAUAGCUUGUGUGAUAUGUUAUUAUCGCCGUUACUUUCUUUUUCCAAUGUAAUCCUAUACACUAUUAAACUUUGCUGGAAAAUACUGCAGACUGUACAUUACUGGAAAGAUGGCGCGAUGGAAAAGGAUUUUAUUCUAGCAAGCCCAAAGCAAAGCCAGAAAUAAUUAUUCAACAGAAGCAGUUAAUAGUCACCAGAAUUUAAAAAUUUUUGGGACACCAGCCAAAUCGAUAUUGUCCUACAGAGAUUGAUUAAAAAUUUUACUUUCCAACCCCUCUGGCUAGUAUAGGGAACAUUACAGAGAACCGGCACCUUUUCAUUGCAUGAUAAGUGCAAUACUUUCUGAUUUUCACGAUAGUACUGUGAAGUACUCCGCCGCAAAAACUGGAACUGGUAACUAAAACGAUCUUAAUGUGCUUGUAAUUCAAUAUGCCAACUUGGAUAAAAUGUUCCUGGGGCGGUAAUUUGGGGUGGCAUAAAAGCCGGAUUUUUUGUUCACCUUUUCGUCGCCUAAGAACUCGGAUUUAGUGCAAUUUCCAAGUUGCCGGCAUCUUUUAUCAAUCAGUUUACUGGACCAGCAUGAUGGUUUUGGCAAAGUUAUUUAUUAGUUGCCGGUUUGGUAUGUGGAUUUGCUGCCCAUGAACAAGCCGGUAUGGAUCUCGGCUUCCGUGGUAUGGUCUGCAAUCCGCCGCUGAAAUUCUCCGGUACGGAAAAUAAAGAAGCCUGCACAGCAAAGUGCAAGAAAGACAGGAACUGUCUGGCGGCCGUCUUCGAUAAUGACGUGAAAAAGGACACCUGCGCCAUUGUCCAGAAGGGCGCCAACUGCGGACCGAGCCUGGACAACUAUAACUUCAAAAUCCCAUUCCCACCAACUGUACGCCAACAUCGAGGAGACUCAGUACCUCCUGGUCGACGAUUUAUCCGUGGGCGGUUCCGACAUACCCGAAAUCAAAUCCGGGGAGGAGCACAGCUUCCCGGCCUAUGGCGGCGUUAUCGGCGGCUUGAGUGAGGCAUCAUGUGGGAUGUUGUGCGUACUGUACAGCGGCUGUAAUGGCUACACGCACGGCUACAACGGCGUGAGUCACUCCGGUAUGGACUGCAAACUGAAGCGGUUCUCGAAACCGGUGGUCAUCGGGAAGGACGGAAAGUGCUUAAAUAACAAGAAACGCCAAAUGGGCAAGGCAAUGUCCCGAGCCUUUUUUGCCAAAGCCGAAUUUGCGCCGAAACAAAAGUGCUAAACGUUUUAUAUGUGGGGAACGUUGUGAAUACGUUUCGAUUGAAAUCUUGCUCAAAUCAGAAUAUUAUCAAUUUUUGCGAGCAUUCAACCGUAACGGUGAACGAUUUUAUUAUUUCUUAUGCCGACCCGUGUGCUCAUGUGCAAUCAACAUGGAUUUUUUGAAUGAAACUCUGUAGGAUUGGUAAACAUUUCCUGUUAAUAAUGAGCCGGUUUUAAAACUGCCGGGAAGGUUACGUUGUAGCAGCCAACUGUCAAUCAUUAUUUGUUGCUUGCUCGUUCGAAUGUCAUGUUCUUGUUGGCGAUUCCAGUUAUUUCUUAUUUACUUGAGCU